UUGAGACUUUAUGCAGACCUUGCUCCUAGAUUUUCUGAUGAAAUUUAUGUCAACUACUUGAGCAGAUCAUGUGCAGAUUCGCAUUUGACCAUACAUUUCAGAUUUCUCUGGUGUCCAAAUUUCCAGUGGAUAGAGAGUGCCAUGUGGCACCAUUUCAUUUGCCUGCUCCCACACCUUCCCAUCCAGAAUGCCACUCACUCAGUUGAGUAAGUACAGAAGUCAUGAAGACGAAUAGCAACUGAAUUGUGAAGGUUGUGAAAAACCCUGAGCGGCAGUUUCAAUGGCUGCAACUCUCACUUCCAAUUCAUUCGUUCUGACCUCCUCACCCAGUUCAAGAGCAGCAACCAGGCGCAGGAACCCCCGAAGGUUCACCGUCUUCGCCAACAAGGCCGGACCCUUCUCUACAUUUCGGCUUGGCAAGCCAUCGGGGAAGUCAUCUUCUGAUGAAGGUGAACCCGAAGACUCCAAUUCAAGUCCGUUCAGGUUUGAUUUCGGGAAAUUACCUGAUGUCAAGUCCUUGGUCCCGGUUGUGAGUAGGCCUUCUCUAUCAUUUGGCCCCUCCAGAAGUAAGGAUCCCGGAACCGUGUUUGUUGCUGGUGCAACCGGGCAGGCUGGGGUUCGAAUAGCACAAACCCUUCUGCGUGAGGGUUUCAGCGUGAGGGCUGGUGUGCCUGAACUAGGUGAUGCCCAAGAAUUGGCUCGUGUUGCUUCUAAGUACAAGAUCCUAUCAAAUGAGGAAUCGAAACGCCUCAAUGCUGUGGAGUCUGCCUUCCAAGAUGCUGAAACUAUCGCCAAAGCCAUCGGAAAUGCCAGCAAAGUUGUUGUCACAAUUGGCCCCUCCGAGAAUGGUCCGACGACUGAAGUCACACCAUCAGACGCCUUACAAGUAAUCCAAGCUGCUCAGCUCGCCGGUGUCGGUCAUGUGGCAAUUGUCUAUGACGGGAACACAACUGCAUCGACUUACAAUGUACUAGAUGGCUUAUCUUCUUUCUUUAACAACAUCUUUUCGCGAUCUCAGCCGUUGAGCAUCGCUGAAUUGUUGCAAAAGAUCAUUGAAACAGAUGUUAGCUACACUUUCAUAAAGACAAGUUUGACGGAUGAUUUUUCGCCCGAGAGCUCGUAUAACGUCGUGGUCUCAGCUGAAGGAAACGGAGGUGCUAACGACUACAAAGUAGCCAAGUCUCAGAUUGCUUCCCUGGUGGCAGAUGUUUUCUCAAACACUUCUGUGGCAGAAAAUAAGGUUGUGGAGGUAUAUACUGAUCCAUCAGCACCUAUAAAGCCUGUGGAUCAACUAUUCAGUACAAUCCCUGAGGACGGAAGAAGAAAAGCUUAUGCGGACAUGAUUGCAAAGGCAAAGGCAGAAGAAGCGACAAUAAGAGCUGCUGAGAGAGCUCGUGAAGCAGCUGAGGCAACCAAGAUACUUGAAGAAGAAGUAAAGAAGCUAUCCGCACAAGAAGCUCGAGCUUCAAGUUUAGCAGAGGAAGCUCAAGUGAAGGCUGAGGCUGCAGGGGCACCAUUUCAGGGCCUCACUAGCAAAGCAAAAUACUUUGGCUCAGGGCUGUCUUGGGACAAGUUUAGCUCACAACUUUCAGACACAGUUUCAAAAUCAAUGGAGACACCAAAAGUUCAGAUUGCUACUGUAAGGGGCCAGGCCAAGGCUAAGACACUGCCUCGCCAGAAAGCAGUUGCUAAGAAAGUUGCAACUCCGAAAUCAAAGGUCGAGUCAAAGCCUAAAUCCAAACAGUCAGAGGCAAAGAAUGAAGUGAGGAAGGUAUUUGGUGGCUUGUUUACUCAAGAGACUGUGUAUGUUGAUGAUGAUUGAAGGAUGAUGACUAUCAAAGUAAUAUUUGUGUUUUCGGUUUUCAUUGAAACAUGGCUUUUUAAGUUCUACCAAAUAUUAAUCUUAUGCACUGGUUCAAGACUUUUCUCAGUGAAUAAAUUUGAGCAUCUGGAUUGGUGUACUGUUUUUUUC